AUGGAUAUUAAGACCACACCGAUUUGUUCGUUGCCAAUUGGAAAGCUUCCACGCUCAUGCGUCGUUGUCGGAGACCCCAACCGCGCCAAGCUCGUCUCUGAGAAAUUGAUGAAGAACUCCCGUCUUAUCUGUGCCGUGCGCGAGUACCACUGCUACCAGGGCACAUGGAAGGACAUAGAGCUGAUCGUCAUGUCCCACGGCAUUGGCGGUGGUGGCGCCAGCGUCUGCUUUGAGGAGCUCAUCCAGGCCGGUGUUACCACAAUCAUCCGUGCUGGAACUGCCGGCUCAUUCGACCCACGCUACCGCGAGGGUUCACUGGUCAUUGCCACUGGUGCAGUGCGUGGUGAUGGUGUCAGCGAGGGACUGGUUCCACUUGGCUACCCUGCGUUGGCCGACCAUGAGGUUGUCCAGGCACUGAUCGACAGCGCCAAGAAGGUGCCCGAGAUCAACUAUGGAGUUGGAAUCAUCACGACAGUGGGACACUUCUUUGACGGCCCUCUGGGCAAUCACAACAAGCUGUGGGCACGCUCGCGUGUGCUCGCUAUCGAGAUGGAGGCGUCGAUUCUGUUCAUUGUUUCCAGUCUCAGAGGAAUUCGUGCAGGAUGCUGUGUAAAUAUUGACAACUACAUCUUUGAGCGCGAGAUCACAGAGAAGUACGAGCCAAACAGAGAGGUCGUUCACCAGGGCACAUACCGUAUGUUGGAAGUUGCACUCGAUUCAGCAGUCUCCCUUCUGGAAAGCUCACCAGAGCCAAACACCAUUACCAAUGGUAAUAAAUAA